GUGUCGAUGUCCGCCAUGACGCCAUUGAAAAGACUGCAGUGAUCGAUAGGAGGACACAUUUUGCCGCUGAAAAAUGCAAAAUACUCGGUAAUUUUGGUGGUGGUCGGUCUGAAAACGAGUGAAUUGCGUGCCUGAGUGUCUGGAGCGUUGGACGCCGGUGAAAUGUCGUUGUUUCGCAAGCCCAAGAAGCCGAUGCAGCGGCGGGUGUUUGGGAGCUAUGAUGACGAUGAGAAUGAGGUGUCUGAGAGGAGCAUCAGCAGCAGCGAGCAGAACAGUAGCAACACGAAGAAGCACAAGAAGGACAAGGACAGAGGAGCAGCGAAUCUCCUGAGCUUCGACGAUGAAGAAGAGGGCGAGGAAGUGUUCCAAGUGAAGAAGUCCUCGCACAGCAAGAAGGUGAUGAAGAUGCUGGACAAGGAGCGCCGCAAGAAGAGCCGUCAGGGAUCAGACAGCAUAGCGCCCGGACAGCAGAUUCCGGCGCAACCGAAGAGAGAAUCUCCGCCAGUGUCAUCAAAGAGAACUCCUUCCGAGUUAAAUAGCAAAGAAAAAGUUAAAAAGGAAUCAAAAGAUAAUUCCAAUAGUAUCCAAACCGAAAUACGCACAGACGACUUUGUGCUCGUCAUUAAGAAGUCGGAGCCUGAGAGUGUGGUGCUGAACGGUCGCGCGGCUCUCUGUGCAGGCCGCGAUGACAUGUCCUCGGACGAGGAGUCGAACGAGAAGGACAAGAAGGAGUCGCAGCCAGGCAACCACAAAUUCACUCCGCUGGACAACUUUAAGAAGGUGCUGGAGAGUGGCAAGAUUCCUGAUGCUGCCAUGAUCCAUGCGGCCAGGAAGAGGAGGCAAAAGGCCAGAGAAUUGGGUAAGAAUGCACACACGACAUCAAAUGGGGUGAUUGUUCAUCUAAAGAGAGUGUUUAUCUGUCUUCUAGGUGAAUUAAUUCCCGUUGAGGAGAAACCGGAAGAAGUCAAGCCACGCCGGACAGAGGAGAAUCCGGAUGACGAUGGCUCUGAAGAGGAGGAGCGCAUCGAUAUGUCCGCAAUCACGGGUGCGAAGGAGCGCGAGGAGCGCCGUGAGAAAUUCUACUCUGUUCAGCAAGAGUUGUCCGACGACUCGGAUCUGGAGAUGAAUGAGUGGGAGAACCAGCAGAUCCGCAAGGGCGUGACGGGGACACAGCUGGCUCUGGCACACAGUGAGGCCGUCUUAUCGCAGUACAUGAUUCAGCCGGCCAGUGUGGUGGGAAGCCAGCAGAGUCUCUCCACUGGGGCGCUUCUGGAGCAGGCGUACGCUCGCAAUUGCCUGGAGAAGCCCAAGCAGAUGCUCUCGUCCACGGCAAAGGCGGAGAGCAAGUCGAGUGGGCCGCGAAUGCCACAAGAGAUCCUGCAGAAGGUGCGCGAGAGACUGACGCAAGUGUCUGAUCUCAGUGGCAAGCACAAGCGGGAGAUUGAGGAGAUGAGCUUGGAGAUGAAAGAGAUGAAGAUUGAGGCGAUUGACUGCGAACAGAAAGCGCCCGUUGCAGCUGCCAAAUAUCGAUUCUAUCAAGAAUUACGUGGGUAUGUCUCAGACUUGGUUGAAUGCUUAGACGAAAAGGUGCCGUUGAUUGUGGAGCUGGAGAAGAGGGCAAUUGUCCUGAUGGCGAAGCAUGCAAAUAACUUGAUUGAGCGGCGUCGGCAGGAUAUUCGUGACCAGGCGAAGGAAAUAUCCGACUCCUCGAAGCCUGGGAGCAGCCGAAAGGGUGAGGAUGAGGAGCACAUUCGACGUGCAGCCGAGCGGGAAGGACGAAGGACGAGGCGUCGGAGGGAUCGCGAGCGGAGCAACAUGAACGAGAGCCACUUGAACGGGAUGUCGAGCGAUGAUGAGAUCUCGGAUCAUGACCUGAGUCAGUAUCUGGCGCAGCUGGAGCUGCUAAAGAGUGAGGCGGAGAUGCUCUUCUCGGAUGUGGCGGACGAGUUUUGCCAGAUCCGAGAGAUUCUUAACAAAUUCCAAGCGUGGAAGAGCACUGACACGGCGGCGUACAGAGAUGCGUACGUGAGUCUGUGUCUGCCCAAGAUCAUCGGUCAAUUCAUCCGUCUGCAAAUGAUCACAUGGAAUCCACUUUCUGAUCACUGUCCGGACAUUGAGAAGAGUCCCUGGUUUGCUGCCUGCAUGAUGUAUUCGUACGCGGAGAGUGAGACAGAGGAGUCGCUGUCCAUUGAUCCAGACGUGACGCUAGUGCCGGUGCUCGUAGAGAAAAUCAUCCUGCCCAAACUCACGGAACAAAUUGAAACUUGCUGGGAUCCAAUGUCAACAUCACAAACAUUACGACUUGUGGGAUUCAUCAAUCGUCUGUAUCAAGAAUAUCCGUCUCUGAGGCCAUGUUCGAAGCCAUUGACAACGAUGUUCAAUGCUAUUCUGGAGAAGAUCAAAGCCUCUCUGGAUAACGAUGUCUUCAUCCCGAUCUUCCCCAAGCAGUCGCAAGAUGCACGAACGUCAUUCUUCCAGCGCCAAUUCUGCAGUGGACUGAAGUUGUUCAGGAACAUCCUGAGCUGGCAAGGCAUCUUAUCAGACGCGUCACUGCGCGAGGUGGCAAUCUUGUCACUCCUUAAUCGCUAUUUACUGUCCGCUAUGCGUGUCUGCUCACCGGCAGACGCUAUCGCGAAGGCGCACGUGAUUGUGUACACACUGCCGAGAGCGUGGCUCCAGUCGCAGAGCAGUGACUUCAAUCCCAGCAUCGAGAUGUUUGUGCAAUUCCUCAAACUGGUGGCCAAUCAGCUGGACAAGAGGAAUCCAAUUCACUUGGAUUCCUUGGAGAAGAUUGUAAAAAUUCUCAGUAGUCUUCAUGCAACACUUUAAAGAGACAGAAGGGGAAAGAGAAGAAGAAGUGGUGGUGAUAAGAGUCCGAAAAGAGAGUAAAGGGAAGUGUUUUGUCCAUAUUUUUAGUUGGGUUUGCAGUAAUACAAAUUUUUCCCAAGAUUGUAUUGAGAGAUAGCGCAAAAAAGGCAUUAAACACACUCUUUUGAGACUA